UCCGUCGAAGGUCGAGUGACAAUGGCCGCAGCGCUAUUGACUAAUAAUAAAUUUAAUAAAAUAUUAAAAAAUUAUGUUAAAUUUGCGAAUACAUUUUCGAAUAAUAAAUCAGUGAUUCUUAAUAAGCCUCAUUUUAAUAUAAUUUGUAAACAAUGUGCGACUACGAGCUAUUUCAGGUGUUACUCUUCUUCCCCACCAAGCAACCCUGGUGGCCCAGAUUCCGCGAAAAAUGUUUUAGCGGCAGUUUUGUCUAAUAAACCGAAGACUGGAAAAAUUCCAGUUGGGAUCCAAAAGAGAGACUGCUUUCACCCAGGUGCAUCUGUUUUGGAUCGAGAAGAUAUUAGCCUGGGUGGUGCGAAGCCGGUUACUGGGACUGACAUGUUUAGGGGCAUGUUGGCAUAUGUCUGGCCUAAGGACAAUGAAAUGAUAAGAAAAAGAGUCAUGCUGUCCCUUUCACUCCUAUUCGGCGCAAAAGUGAUGAACGUAUCAGUGCCAUUUUUAUUCAAAUUUGCCGUGGAUGAAGUAAAUCAUUUGACGACAUCACCAGCUGGUGACGCUUUAUUAGGGAUGGCAACUGUGCCUCAGGCUUUGGGUACAUCUGCCUUUAGCUUAUUAGUGGGCUAUGGCAUAGCUCGAGCCACAGCUGCAGGUUUCAAUGAAUUGAGGAAUGCGGUGUUUGCGAAAGUCGCUCAGCAUUCGAUAAGGAAGUUAGCCUGCAAUGUAUUCACACAUCUACACAACUUGGAUCUCAGUUUUCAUUUAGGCAGGCAGACUGGUGCUUUAUCUAAGACUAUAGACCGAGGUUCUAGAGCAAUAAACUUCGUGUUAUCGGCCAUGGUGUUCAAUAUCGUGCCCACCAUAUUUGAAUUGACUCUGGUAUCCAUGAUUCUGGGUAUCAAGGGAGGACUCGCCUUUGCAGGCGUGUCGGUGAGCUGCGUGCUGGUGUACGCGGCGUUCACGCUGGGCGUGACGCAGUGGCGCACGCAGUUCCGCGUGCACAUGAACCGCGCGGAGAACGAGGCCGGGAACAAGGCCGUCGACUCGCUCAUCAACUACGAGACCGUCAAGUAUUUCAAUAACGAAGCUUACGAACUGAAGAAGUACGAUGAGAGUUUGAAAAAGUACGAGGAUGCAUCUCUGAAAACAGCGUCUAGUUUGGCAUUACUGAACUUCGGCCAACACGCUAUAUUCAGUACGGGACUCAGCUUUAUAAUGAUAAUGGCGGCCAAUAAAAUCGCUCAAGGUGGCAUGUCGGUGGGUGACCUGGUGAUGGUGAACGCGCUGGUGUUCCAGCUGUCGGUGCCGCUGGGCUUCCUGGGCUCGGUGUACCGCGAGGUGCGGCAGGCGCUGCAGGACAUGCACACCAUGUUCACGCUCAUGACGCUCACCUCCUCCGUCGCGGAAAAAGACCGAGCCCCGAAGCUUAACGUGGACGCGAAAACCGCUUCCAUUGAGUUUAAAGAUGUCAGCUUCAAAUAUAUAAAUGGAAAACCGAUUCUGAACAACCUGACCUUCAGUAUACCGGCGGGUAAGAAGAUAGGAAUUGUUGGAGGAUCGGGAAGUGGCAAAUCGACGAUGGUGCGUCUCCUAUUCAGAUUCUUCGAGCCUCAAUCCGGACACAUCAAGAUCGGGGGGCAAGAUAUCAAAGACGUAGACCUUGCUAGUCUGAGAAAGGCCAUCGCUAUUGUACCACAAGACUGUGUUUUAUUUCACGACACAAUACUACACAAUCUGCAUUACGGAGAUCUUUCCAAGAGCGAAGAGGAGGUGUACAAGGCUAGCAAAAUGGCCGAAUUGCAUGAAUCUGUCGUCACUUGGCCGAAGGGCUACGCGACGCAGGUGGGCGAGCGCGGCCUGAAGCUGUCGGGCGGCGAGAAGCAGCGCGUGGCCAUCGCGCGCGCCAUCCUCAAGGACGCGCCCGUCGUCGUGUUCGACGAGGCCACCUCCAGCCUCGACUCGCUCACCGAGCACGCGAUCCUUCAAGCCCUAAAAGCGGCCACAGUCGGCAGGACAUCAAUAUGUAUCGCCCACCGGCUCUCGACCGUUGCAGAUGCUGACGAAAUAUUUGUUCUAGAGAAUGGCUCAAUAUCCGAGAGAGGAAAACAUGCAGACCUUAUGAAUAAUAAAUCUUCAUUGUAUUAUAGGCUGUGGGAGAAACAAAAUAGAGAUAGUGUACCGAAAGUAUGAAAACGUUUGAAAAAUAUUUUGAGCAAAUAUUUAGUCCAAUGUUUGAUCCAAUUGUUCCUUAAAAAUAAUUUAUAGUGAUUGUUUUUGGCACCAACUCGAUCGUUUUUACUUAUAUGUAUGUUUUAUCUAAAACUUAUUUCACGGGGUGAAAUUUGUUCAAAGCUUCAGAUGCAUAUUGAAUAACUAUAAAAAAUAUUGUACCCAUGUUUUGAUUUCGCUUACAUAACAGACUAGUUUUCUUUACGAAAUAAAAAACACGAAAAAAUUCUAUAUGUGUAUCUAAACUGUUUUUUUAAACAUCUAAAUUAUAAUUAUAUAAUAUAAAUUAUUUAAAAUUUUGAUUGGAUCAAAUGUUGUAGAAAAUUGUAUUGAGAUGAAUGUUGACCAAAUUUUUAUAUAGUUUUUGUUAUUCAAAACGUUAAAACGAAAAUGUAUAUACAUUACAGAUCAAGUUUCCAAAAAGUUUUAUGAUUGGAACACAAUUUAUCGUCCAUAAAGCUGUAGCCAUACAAGUGUAAUAUACUCGGUGUUGUGCAGAAAUGUUCCCAACCAACAGAAACACUAAUUAUUUAAAAAACAUUUUAUAACAUUAUGUAACAUGGUUAUUUUAACUAUAUAAAUGUAUCUUUUAAAUGUAUGAGUGCUUCUGUGUGUGUGGAAUAUUUCUGCUCAACACGAUUCAAUUAAGCUCAUGUUCGGUGGUGAAGGUUAUACAUCUCGAGGAGAUCUGCACAUGUCGGGUAAUGCCCUAACUCUUCUUCUUUAGAAGGAGAGGGACUUUCGUCAGUUGUGGGAUGUUAAUGAGCGAUUACUAUACUAGUACGUCGAUUUGUGUUCUUUUUAAUCUUAAUUGAUCGGUUUUAUGGUAGCAAAAAAAGUUCCAGUUUAUAUAUUGUGUUGUCAUGGUUAGCGACCUUAAACAAAUUUCACUUAUUAUAAACCUUGGAUCUGUUUUAAAAAAAUGCGAAUCAAAGAAUCCAAUAUAACGUAAAUGUACGUGUACGUGAUAUAUCGUUUAGAGAGAAAUUUAAAUCUGGAAUUAAUCAACCAUAUGUGGGAGUGGUAAAAUAUGUAUUGGAAAAAAUAAAGCAAAUAACAUUAAUUAAAAUCAGUAAUAUUUUCAUAGAUUUAUUUUUUUAAUAGACAAGACAUUAUGACGUGUAUAUAUCUAUUUAUACAAUAUAUAAUGUAUAAUUGUAUAUUACGUAUGACAUUACAAAAAGUUUAUUUAUGACAUUCGAAUUUCACUUUCUAAAGGUGCGUGUCCACUAUGUUGCAUCUAAUGAGUUCUGUGCAUCUGUUGCUGCUUUUUUUGGAAACUUUAUCAUUCUUCCAUCGUAAAACUAUCUGCCAUAAGAGUACACCCCUAUGUCAUCGACAUUCCUCUCCAUUUGCAAGUAGUAUUUCGCUUAGGGAUAGGCAUCUAUGCCUCAGUGGUUACCAUAGUGCAUACCAUAGUGGUUUUGGUCAUGUCUAAACCUAUGGACAAUUGGAAACAGCAUUGUGUUCCCAAAACAAAACCGACAAUCUAGAUCGCUCAACGCGGAGGUUGCAGCGUUGCAACGUACGUACUAUUGGAGCAAGAAGGCAUAUAGCUUUACGAACAUAGCGGAUAUAUAACGAUAUAUAUUGUCGUUGAUAUAUUGUACUACCUCGUUAUUUUUGUUUUAAAAGACGUUUAACGUUUUUAGUUUUAAAAAUAUAUAUAAAAAAAAUUGUUACUUUUUCUUUAUUCUUCGUAGCCAUCGAUGUUGCUACAUUUUGCCCAAAAAAAAAAAUAGAUAAUAAAAAAUUAAAUAUCUGUGAAAAUAUAUAAAAAAUGUAAAUAAAUGUAUGUUGGUACUAUGUACAGUUACUGUUGAU